ACUAUUUACCAUUUGUUGCCACCCUUAAACCUUUCCGUAUACCAUCCAUCCUCCUCCGCCUCUCUCUAGUCACUACUGAUCUGAUUCUUCCUCCUCCGACAAAUCUGUUUCUCCUUCAAUAAAUCAAAUGGCUGCAGCUUUGGCUUCCAGAUUAUCUCGUGGACGCUCAUUGCUUGGAGGUCUUAAAAAUGAUUUCUCCGGUUCAAUGAUUACUUCCACUGGAAUGAUGAAUGAGAGUAUCCUCUCUCAGCAGCAACAGCGAAGGACAUUCAUUCAAAUGGGAACGGUUCUGAAAGUGGUGGACAACUCAGGAGCCAAGAAAGUGAUGUGUAUCCAAGCGCUAAAGGGUAAAAAGGGAGCUAGGCUUGGGGACACGAUAGUUGCUUCGGUGAAAGAAGCGAUGCCAAACGGUAAAGUGAAGAAAGGAGCGGUUGUGUAUGGUGUGGUUGUGCGAGCUGCGAUGCAGAGAGGUCGUGUUGAUGGGAGCGAAGUUAGGUUCGAUGAUAACGCGGUUGUUCUCGUUGAUAAUAAAGACAAGAAGACUAAAACCGAUCGCCAGCCGAUUGGUACUCGAGUGUUUGGUCCUGUUCCUCAUGAGCUUCGUAAGAAGAAGCAUCUCAAGAUUCUUGCUUUGGCUCAACACAUUGCUUGAGACAACAACCAACAUCAAGCGCUAGAACCAGCUACUGUCUAUCUUUUUUUUUAUGUUCUCUUUGUAAACUCUCAUCAAUAGUUUCAUGAACUAUGCAACUCAGAAAUAAUUUUGCUCGGCUUUGAUUAAGUUUUUUAAUUAUGUUA